CACAACCGAUCUUUUGGAAAGACAAGGCGCAGAGUUGAGUUUGGGUACCGGUGGUGGAUGGCGGUUAUUGUACAUUGAUAUGUUUCCUAGUAAUCUUCGUAAUGUUUGCAUUCAAGUGACAUUAGUUGAAAUUGUAGCCAUCAGUUUUUAAGUUAUCUUGUGCCAUCAUGGAGCGGUCCUCUCAACCAGUUCGAAGAAGCAAGGGACCCCGAGUUCUUGCCAACACAGUAAAGAAACCAGACAAGAGUUUGAACUCUUCCUCAAACAGAAGCUUUGCGAAAAAGUCCUCUAGUCAUUAUAUUCAAGAUCUUCGGAAUAAUAAUGCAAAGUUAGCACAUUCGCUUGCAGUUGAAAAAGCAAAAUACAGUGCCCUUGCUAGAAAAUUUGUAGAAAAUGAAAAGGUUCAUGUUCAUCAACAGGCUGAAUUUAGAACCCUUUCCAGAGGUAUUAAAUCUGGAGUCAAAUUUUUGAAUAAUUCAGUUGAAUCAAUGUACGAAGGAAUUCAGAUUCUUUCUGAAGUGAAUGACAAAAUUAACAGGUUAUGGCCUGAAACUGGUGAAACAGUUGCACCUCAAACGUCAGUGGCAGAUGUAAAUCCUCUGUGUACUUCAAGCAGUACAACAGCACCCACAGUUGGUGACAAUCGGUCAGUUGCAUCACAAACUGUUCCCCCUCCAAAGACAAAUGUGUCAUCACCAAGGCAUGGUACUGUUAUGCCAAUGGUGAAGGGUCAAGUCAUAUCCAAGCCAACUAUUUCUCUGCGAAGAGUUAAUGUGCCCCUUGGAUUAUCAAAUAGAAACAGGGUCCAGCUGCCACCCACUAGAGGCACCUUUGUUGAUAACAUUGUUGAGCCAAAUCGAUUGAGUAUUGUUUCUGAGGAGGUAAAUGAAUCAAGGGAAGAGCCUGCAAACAGCAACCAGAUGCCCUCGCCCUCCAAUCAAAAUUCUUCACAUGUCUCUGGGCCUUGCUCUACUAAUGCCUUACCUGCGUCACAUGUUCUAUUGGAACGUAUUGAAACUGACUUUGUGCUUCCAUCAAGUAGUGCUUCUACGGAGAUUUUAGUCGAUGAUGAUGAUAAUACAGGCGUUAUCUUUGGAAGGUUGGGAUACUCUGCUGCACAUGAUGAUACCUUACCUCUAUCCCAUCUCAAGAAGGCUUGUUCAAAGAGUCCACCUACAGGAAAACAGAACACAACGCCUCCUCUUGACACAUCUAAAAGCAGUACUGAUUCUAAUGAGUAUGAAACUGAAUCAAGUUCUGAGGAUGAAGGGCUUGCAUUGCAGAUUGUUGAGUCCAAGAAGUCAUUCAUAGAGCGAAAACGACAAUUAGAUUCCAAAGAAGGUACUUCUUGGAAUUAUGAUGAUGCUGGAAAAUAUCAUGGACGGCCACCAAAAAGAAAGAAGUCUGCAAAAUAUUCAGGAAGUAGUGGAACUUCAUCAUCCUGGCCACAGCCCAAAGGUAAUGAGCACCAUGAAGAUAAUGUACCUACUUUAAGAGAUCGAAGAGCUAAGACUUCUUUAGAGAAAGUUAUAAGUCCUAAGUUACAAAAGAAAGAAAAUGUGUGUAAGAGUCAGUUGACUGUCUCGGAAAAUGGAGAGCUCUUGCAAUCUUCCGAGAAUGAUGUGAUGGACACAACAAAUUGUGAAGAAAUGUCUAUGUCUUUUACAUGUGUCACUGUAACAAGAUUACCUAUUGUCUUGUCUACUAAUCAAGCUGAGACCAGUCCAGAAAGUGCUCAACAAUCACCCAAAUUAUCGGAGCAGCAACAACACUCUGAAAGGAAAGUGUUUGUUACCCAAAGAUCUCACAGCAGAAGACCUCGUCCAGAGAGUCCUGACUCUCCAAAUGUUUGGCGUUCUAGUCUCUCUCCAUUAUCAAGUAGAAGAGCACAUUCUGAUUUGGAAAAUAAUGAAAACUCACCUCCAAGUCCUGUUGUAGCUGUAAGAGGACACUUGAGUUCAGGAUCAAGCAUUCCUGAAGGUCUCUCUCAGUUGCCAAAUGUUGUUUUAGAACGCCUUCCAAGCAAUGUUAUAUCUGGUAAUACUUAUCUACCAGACUGUUUAGACUCAUCAAUUCAUCGUUCUUUUAAGUCAUCUGAUACACAUGCAUCUCACAGUAUAAAUCGGUUCAAGUGUCAAUUAGCCAACUCUGCGACCAGUGCCAAAGUAUGUGACGACAAACAACUAAAUGAAGGCUCAGGAAAUAUGGAAAAAAAAUCUCAAAUGAUAAAAGUGUCUAAGUCAAAAGAAAUGAGAGAGGAUAGAAAAUCUCCUGGGAGUCCAAAAGUGCCACGUGUUGAACUGCACAACGGUUUUACAGACUCAGAGGCAAGUCUAAUGGGUGAGUCUAAGAGGUCCCCACCAUCAGAAGAAGAAAGCAGCCUUUCACAGAACAUGAAAAGAAUGGUGGAACAAUCAUCAAAUGCAACAAAGGCAAAGAAGAGAUGUGCUAAGUCUCAAAAAAGUUUGGAAGGGGCGAGUUCAAGUUCAAACCCAUCGUCCUCCUCUGACCCAAUCUUCCCUCAUGAAAGAGGUCCUGAAGAGGGAAACCAACCAGAAAUGGAGGUCCAAUCAUCAAAUGCAUCAAAGCCAAAAAACAGAAGUGCAAAACCUCAAAAGACCUCAGAAGGAUCACAUGCUAGUGCAAAUUCAUCGUCUGCCACUAGUGAUGGCUCAGAACAUGGUUGUGUUGAGCGGCCAAAAAGACAUGCUGCCCCUACAAAUUUAAAGGAGCCUAAGUGCAACAGAAAAAUGAGGAGGACUUAAGGUUCUUCUGAGGAGUCGAUUUACUUCAAAAUCAGGGGAAACCAAGGUAUUGUCGUCUCUUGUGAUACCUCAAUUGUUGAUUUUUUAUGCAUCUUAUGAUCCAAUUGUUAAAUGCACAUUUUAAAACAAGCCUCUUUUGCUUUGUUAUUGUUGAAAAUAUGAAAAUUUCAUUUUGUUCUUGAAAGUUAAAAAAGUUAGUCGCUUAAGCUAUGUCAAAUGUAUUAUUGUUUUCUCUUUUGUUUUUCUUGUAUUCAAUUUUCAUUUAAUAAUGAGGGAACCCUUUUUGAAGUUUCGGAUUCCCUAAUGUAUCUUUGGGUGAAUUUGUUGCUAGGUGCAAUAUUGUUUGUCAAUUUUCUGAAACUAGAAUCACUCCCUUUAAGAUAAAUUUAUUCUCUGCACUGUUGAAGUUCUGAAAUCUGGAAUCUGUGGAAAACAAAACCGGGUAGAUCUUUUAGGGCAGAUUUUUAUUUGGUCAAAUUUAGCUUUCUGAUUUGUAAAGUCUCAGUUGCUCUUGAAGUUCAUCCAUGGAUCUAAUUUGGAAUUUAUCCUCUUUUUCUUUCAAUAGUUUAUAAAUAGCUGCUAGCUGCGAGGCUUGCAUCCUGAAAAUUUAUGAAAGAAACAUCAAUGAAUUAGAAUAUGUCGUUACGUUAUGUCAGUAUCAAACCUUAAUGGCCAAAUUUAACUUACUCUCUCUCAUUUAUUAACUGUUGUUCCGACAAGCCUGCUGUCAACUGUUUCUCAAUUUCUGCUUGUCUAAUGGUCUUAAUAUGCUUCAUCAUACUAGUAUCACUAACUUUGUCUGAUGUUAAUUGGGUGGGUGCAUCUUGUAUGUUAGUUGGUACUUUUCUUCUUUGGGACAUAUUAUUUUCUGAUGAUCCUAUUGAUGCUCUAUAGAACUCUUGUGUUCUCAUUGAAGACUUAAGUCUUCCUUCAUUGUCCUGUAAAAUGUACAUUGAGACGUUUAGAUAGUCAAUGUAUUUAAUAUCAUGUGAAUAGUAUGAUCAAUACCAAUUUUUAUUAAAUAUUAAUUUUAUUGCA